GGGUUUUUGGGUGCUCUUUGGACCUUUUCUUGGAAAUGGAUUUUACUUUCUUCCGCUGUGCCUUGACUGUUGGUGAUGUCAACAUGCUGAUGUCGAAUGUGAAGUGACGUUGGACUAUAGUCCACCCGCCUGCCUGGGUAUCCUCCACGAUACUAAUCGAAGAUGCAACAGGCCAGAACAAGGCAAGUGGGAGAGCCUGUGGAGGGCUCAAGCGACGGAGCCUGGGGUACUAUGGUGCAGUCCAGUACGGUACGGUACCGUUUCCCAAACCCACGUGGAGAUGGGAAGAUGGUUGUUUCAAAGGUUCAGAGUGUUUUCGAAAGUGUGGGGGAUUGCCCACUGGCGCAUUUCCCCACGAUAUUGAAGGGAGAAUGUUUGGAUUGCUGUGGUGGUUGUUGGUUGUCGGGUGUUGGCUGUUGGUGGAGCUGGAAGUCGUCCCGUCCCACUUCACGGCCGACGCCCACCUGGCACCCACCCACGCCCACUUCAACCCACCCACGGCCUACUAACCGGCACGGAGGAACCUUUCGGCCUUUUAAUCAAGACGACGUCCAACCUACUCGUACCUGGGUAUCUAUAAAGACAUCCGAUGAUCAACUUCCAGCUUCUUGUCGUUCGUCCAUCUCAAUGUUAUUUUCAUCUCGCUCGGAUCUGUUCUCCCCGAGCAAGAUUUCCCCUCAUCGCGUGGAAGGGCACCCCAAGCCGUGUCCCGCAAUGACACGUCUCAACUGGGUGCGCCCGCUUACUGCACAAGGGAAAGCAUCUCUCGGCGCUGCAUCAAAGACGCAGAGGAAGAAAAGCAGCGAACACGGUCGAACCACGGCAGUGAUCCUAUCCCUGUAUGAGGCACAGCAUGCCAACAGCCUCCAAGCCUAGGCGUCGUGGCUGUGUUUGGGGUAUUGUCGAUACACAGAUCAAGGUCUACAAAGGAAACGUUGUCCAUGACGAGCCAAGCUUCUUAUCGCCUCUGGAUAGUGAAUGCUCUAACUGUUAAUCGUGAAGUGCGAAGUGCGCACUCUCGUACCUUGAUAUUUCUUGCCUCAUGGGCACGAUGAUUCGCCG